CUGUCGUCACCAAUCACUGUUUCCUUUGACCCAUGACUCUUCGCGUAGCCAACUCGUGUUCGCACUGUACGUGUCAAAAAGGUUAUAUUCUGUCCAGGUUGCUGCCUUUUAAGCAAAAUGUAUGACGAUUACAACGAGUAUGACACGUACAACGAUUACGGACACGCACCUACAGACGACCAGUACGAUCGGACGAGUUACCGGCAGCUGCCCGAGAUCGUGCGCAACUUCCUCGUGUACCUGCGCAACUGCAUCAACGAGGGCAUGAUCUUCGAGAUCCAGAACCUCUACGAGAACUCGUUCCCCAAGAUCUCGGAGCAGCUGUUCGACAAGUCGCCGUGGCCCGAGGCAUCGACGAUUGCCCACCUGGUUGACAACGACCCGGUGUUCCUCACCCUCUACAAGGAGCUCUACUACCGUCACAUCUACGCCCGCAUGCAGGGCCCCACGUUGGAGCAGCGUUUGAAUUCCUUCUAUAAUUACUGCGACCUUUUCAACUACAUCCUGCACCCGGAGACGCCGGUGCAACUGGAGCUGCCCGAUCAGUGGCUGUGGGAGCUGAUCGACGAGUUCGUUUAUCAGUUCCAAUCAUUUGCCCAAUAUCGCGCCAAUCUGUCCAACAAGACGCCGGACGAGAUCGACAAUCUGAACGCGCACAACAAGAUCUGGGACGUGCUCUGCGUACUGAAUGUCCUGCACUAUCUAGUGGACAAGUCGAAGAUCAAGAGCCAGCUGGAGGUAUACGCGAGCGGCGGCGAUCCGGACUCCGUGGCCGGCGCCUUCGGCCGGCACUCCCUGUACAAGAUGCUCGGCUAUUUCUCGCUCGUCGGCCUUCUACGACUGCACUCGUUGCUGGGCGAUUAUUACCAGGCGAUCAAGGUCCUGGAGAACGUGGAGCUAUACAAGAAGAGCGCGUACUCGCACGUUCCCGGCUGCCAAAUCUCGACAGCCUACUACGUGGGCUUCGCGUACAUGAUGAUGCGCCGUUACGCGGACGCGAUUCGCACCUUCUCCGGCAUCCUGCUGUACAUUCAGCGCACGAAGCAGUUGUUCGCCACACGCAGCUACCAGAACGAUCAGAUCAACAAGCAGACCGAGCAGAUGUAUCACCUGCUCGCGAUCUGCCUGGUCCUCCAUCCGCAAUGCAUCGACGAGGGUCUGCAACAGGCGCUGCGAGACAAGAACUACCACGAGAAGAUGUACAAGAUGCAAUACGGCGAUCUCACCGAGUUCGAGAACUGCUUCGUCUUCGCGUGUCCCAAGUUCCUCUCCCUGACCGCGCCGAAUCCGGAGAAUCCCAACGAGGACUACGUCCGCGAAGCCAUCAAGCACCAGACUCAGGUGUUCAUGGACGAGGUGGUGCAACAGAAGAUGUUACCCACCAUUCGCUCGUAUCUGAAGCUCUACACGACAUUGCCCCUGAGCAAACUGGCCACCUUCAUGGGCAGCAAUUCGCGCUCCGACGAGAACUGGGAUCUGGACAAGGAGGUGAACGCGCUGACGAUCCACUUGUUGUGCUUCAAACACAAGAUGAAGAAUAUCGUAUGGACGAAAGGCACGUCAGGAUUGGACGGCAAGUUCCAGUCCGGAUCUGAGCUGGACUUCUACAUUGAUCACGACAUGAUUCACAUCGCCGACACGAAAGUGGCGCAUCGUUACGGAGACUUCUUCAUCCGCAAGAUACUGAAGUUUGAGGAAUUGAAUCGCAAAUUACAUCAUAUAAAAAUUUAAGUAUUAUCUCUACAAUGCGUUCGCGACAGUCGAAGAAAAAGAGGGUAAUAAAAAAGUUUCUAAAGAUAAAAUACUUUUAUCAAACUUUUUUAUGAUAAAUUCUUCUGUAUUACAGUAAAAUGUAAUGAUUCGCGCAUUUGGCAAUUAUAAUGUACAGACAACACAAUGAUGAAAUUCGUAUUUGUGUAUAUUUUAUCGCACUUGAGAUGUUUACACAAAAUCUUGUACAUCAAGACGGAUAAAAUUCUACAUAGGACGGUCGCGUUUAGCAUUGAAAGUGUACAAUAGAAGUUAAAUGCGACCGUAAGAACUAUCUAUUGCAAAUGCGCGAUAUACAUUUUGUCAAUAUAAAUUAUUCCAAAUA